GGUCUCGAGGUAGACCCAGCUAAAGUAGAAGUCGUAACAAAUUGGCCUAGACUGACUAGUGUGGGUAAAGUUUGCAGUUUUUUGGGGUUGACUCGCUAUUAUAGGAGAUUUAUUGAAGGUUUCUCAAAAAUAGUGGAGGCUGAUGACUCGCUGAUUAAGAAGGAUGUAAAGUUUCAGUGGACGAAAAAAUGUGAAAAAUGUUUUCAGGAACUCAAGCCAAGAUUAGUCUCAGCUCCUGUAUUGACGAUACCUAAGGGUUCAAAUGGGUUUGUAAUUUAUGGCGAUGCUUCCAAGCAAGGUUUGGGUUGUAUUAUGAUGCAAUAUGGAAAAGUGGUUGAUUAUGCCUCUAGACAGUUGAAGUAG